GUGAUCAAUGAUGGCUGCCGAUAUUUAUAGAUUGUAAGGGUGUUGUAAUUUAAUAAUAAAUGCUUUAAAAUGGAGGAAACAAAAGUUAUUUACUAUAUAGACGACGAGGAGACGCCGUAUUUAGUUAAAAUACCAAUAUCACCCGAGAAAGUGACACUUAUAGACUUUAAAAAUCAAUUGAACAGGCCGAAUUAUAAAUUUUUCUUCAAGUCAAUGGACGAUGACUUUGGUGUUGUGAAAGAAGAGAUAGUGGAUGAUAACGCGCAUUUACCGUGUUUUAAUGGUCGUGUUGUGUCGUGGUUGGUGUCGGCAGAGGGUUCAAAUCCGUCGGACGGUGCUUCACAAUGCACGGAUAGCAAUGCUGGUAAAACCAAACAGACUGUCCACAAUGCCCCAACUGCUCCAUUGACAAGAGAUACGUGUACUGAUACCGAUAGUACGAUCAGCUCACGCCCUGGGCACAGAGCCUCAUGCGAUAAAUACAAAUACAGGGGCUUGCGUAUCAAUGGACAUUCAAAAUACAACCAUGGACUUGAAUAUGAAACUGCAUCAGUUUUAAGUUCAGAUUUAGACUCCACAAGUCUUUUCGACAGUCAAUCGGAGAUCACAACCACUACAGGAAGGCACACAAAUGCAUCAAUGGACCGUGCAUUGACAGAGUGCAGCAGUGUUUCUCAUCUGCAAGUCAGUUCUCGGAAAAGGCCUCAAAGACGGCGCAAACGGCCUCAAGUUAUGUCCAGAACCUCGUCAUAUUCCUCCAUAACUGACUCCACAAUGUCUAUGCAUAUUAUAACAGUGACCCUUAAUAUGGAUACAGUGAAUUUCUUGGGUAUUUCAAUUGUCGGACAGUCAAACAAAGGUGGGGAUGGAGGGAUAUAUGUGGGGAGUAUAAUGAAAGGUGGUGCAGUGGCUUUAGAUGGACGGAUUGAGCCUGGAGAUAUGAUCCUACAGGUGAAUGAUGUGAACUUUGAAGACAUGACCAAUGACGAGGCAGUGAGAGUCCUACGGGAAGUGGUGCAGAAGCCAGGACCCAUCAAGCUGGUGGUUGCCAAAUGCUGGGAUCCCAAUCCUAAAGGCUACUUUACUAUUCCAAGGACUGAGCCAGUUAGGCCUAUCGAUCCUGGUGCAUGGGUGGCGCACACUCAGGCGCUUCGGGAAGCAUACCCUCCCCCGCCGCUGUCCCUCCCGGCGCCCACGAUCCCGGAACGUGCCUCGGAAGCCAGCACCAUGCCAGCGCACGAGCCGCAGCUGUCAGUCAACAUGGAUAUGGCUUUGGUGGUCAGAGCCAUGUUGAGGCCCGACUCAGGUCUGGAGAUCCGUGACCGUAUGUGGCUGAAGAUUACGAUACCGAACGCGUUCAUCGGCGCUGAUGUCGUCGACUGGAUACUUCAGCAUGUGGCCGGCAUUGCGGACAGACGGGAUGCAAGGAAAUAUGCGUCGCAUAUGCUUAAAGCCGGUUUCAUCCGACAUACGGUCAACAAGAUCACGUUCUCGGAGCAGUGUUACUACAUCGCCGGUGACCUGUGUGCGGAAUUAGCCGCACUGCGGUUGCGGAGUGCGGAUUGUGACAGUCUAGCCAGUGACACGUUGCCGCCGCUGCCUAACCCCAACGCUAUGGGUCCGGGAUACAUGGCGUACGCUGGCUCGUACGGAUACCAACCCAUACCGUUCAAAUACAGCUCGUGUGUCACGUCCGAACACACUAUAUACGGGUACAAUCGUGAAGAGAGCGUGCUUUCUGGCAGCGGGGGCUCGAGUGCCGGCUCAGAUAACCUCACCGCCAAAGAACCUCCAGCAGUGAAUCGGGAGGGCGAAGUUAAGUCGACAUCGAGUGGUAGCGGCACCAGCGUGGUGGAAGGUGGAGUCGGUGGAGGAGGAGGAGGGGGUGGUGGGGGGUGCACCAACAGAUCUCACUCGAGUGGCUCCGACCGAGCGCACGAGCGACCCGUGCUCUUCCUAUAGGGUGCAGUGAUAUAGUAUCCGCUACUGCCAAAUAAGUAAUAAUUAUCCGUAUUAUAUUAGAAUUAAGACAUUAUUUUAUAUUCGUAACUUAUUAUUCCUCGCUACAAGAAUAAGGUGAAAUGUAUGGACGCGGCUCUUAGAAAACUAAUUUUUUUUUGCUAUCUGUACUAUAAUAAUAAACAUGUCUAAGAUGUAAAUUGAAUUGUUAUACGUUUUAGCCGUUAUGUUAAAAAAAAUUGCGAUAUUUUAAUUUAGUACAAAGUGUUUAAAAUUUUAAGAAAUAACGCGGGUAUCACCUAGUUGUGUGCUCAGUUGGUCCUACCACCGCUAAGUAAGCCCAAAUCACGCACAAUAUUACCAAACUUUGAGUGUUUUCUAACUUCGCGCGUUCCAUUGAUCUUAUUCUGUAGAUCUGAAAUUAUAUGCAUUUGUAUUAUUAUUAUUAAAUAAUAUAAAAUAUGGCAAUACUUAUGCAGAAUAUUACUGAAGUAAAAAUUUGAUUCACAUGCAAUUAUUCAUGGUUAUGGAAUAGAGUUACUCUUUUGGGUAAUUAUUUUUUGCAAAUUUGUCGAAGUGGCAACCCUGUGAAAAAAAACUUUAUCCAAUAAAACUCACAAUCGCGAUCAAACUAUGCCUACGCAUAUUUUAGGCAGAGUUUUCGUUCAGGUGUGUUUCGACCGCGCUUUGAAUACAACGCCGCGCAAUUCGGUUAAGUGCCCCUUUAAAUUAAUAAAAAUUGUGUAACUAACUUGACGUUAAUCAUUUUGCUAAAUAAUUACAUUUCAGUAGCUAAAAUAAAAUGUUUUUUGCCUCUUAUUCUCGUUUCUAGCGCGUGACGUUAUGCUACUUCUAAUGAGCGUAUACAAUAAACUUUUAACAUAACUGCAACGAAAUAAGGUUUUAAUUUGAAUGAAUGUUUAAUGGUUUCUGUUACCGUUAAUGUAUUCGUAUAUAAGACGGACAUACGGACGUGAAUCUUGACCUAUUAUUUUUAUUAAUUUUGACACAAUAGCAAAAAAAUUCUCUGUCAUAGAGAGUAGUCUGUGGCCUUUUUUCUAAAUGCCACAGAGAAAGUAUUAACAGAUUCAUUAAUAAAGAAAGUGUGUUUUUUUCAUAAUAAUACAAAUGCAUAUCUACUACUUUAUUAUUGUCAUAUAUAGCAGUAAUAAUAAUAGAAAAUGUACUAUUGUUUUAUAAUAUUUUGUAUGUUAACAUUUUCGCCACGUACGUACUUGAUUAGAGAUUUUUUAUCAGUAAUAUUUUCAAGAAUGUCGUGUAUACAAUUUGUAUCUAGGCGUGCUGAUUUCAUAAUUAUUUAAUGAUUAAACCUUAGGUGAUUUAUACUUCCAGAUAAGCCUCUCUAACACCAGAUGAAAAUCAGACCAGGUUUAUUACUUGAGUGUGCGUGACAAGCUACGACUUACACUCGCGAUUUGUAUGUCACUUUGUGUUAGUGUGCGUGUAUUGCUCAAAAUACAGGUUAACUGUCAAGAUUUCACAGCUGUCACAGUCUUACUAGACGUAUAAAUGUUCUAAGGUUUAAACUCAUUCAUAUUUUAAAUGUAGAAUUUUGCGAAUGUUUAUACAGAAUGGUUUAUACAGAUUUCGUUCUGUACUAUUUUCAUUUCGAACAGUUUUGAAUGCUACAUAUCUAAAUACAAAUAUUAAAGACGUUACGAAUCUUCACACACUUAGGGUAUGUUCCGAUAUGCACUGCGAGCACUGCACAGUGCUGUCACUGUAGAAAAAUUCGUUCCGUUAUAGACUGACAGUAUACUGCCGCAGUGCCCUAGGGAAAU